CGUCUGUUUGCCUAAGAGGGAAGUCCCUCUCAUCACCUAGUUACCGGGAACCGAGAAAAGUGACGCGUAGCCCCAGAGGAAGCUGAAGUUGUCCAAGUUGUCCGGAAGAGGCCCUCAGCCUGAGGAAAGGGACUAAGAGAUUCCUGGUUUCCAGUGUUUGGCUAAAAACAUGCCUGACCCAAUUACCGCUCGAGAGAGCAUCUGGCUGCCCUUCAUGGAGACAGAACUGCACUGUGAUGAGAAGACCAUCAUCAUAGGCCACAGUUCCGGGGCCAUCGCAGCCAUGAGGUAUGCAGAGACACAUCAGGUAUACGCUCUCAUAUUGGUGUCUGCAUACACAUCAGACUUGGGAGAUGAAAAUGAGCGUGCAAGUGGGUACUUCAGCCGCCCCUGGCAGUGGGAGAAGAUCAAGGCCAACUGCCCUCACAUUAUACAGUUUGGCUCUACUGAUGACCCCUUCCUUCCAUGGAAGGAACAACAAGAAGUGGCAGAUAGGCUGGACGCCAAACUGUACAAAUUCACUGACCGUGGUCACUUUCAGAACACAGAGUUCCAUGAACUGAUUAGAGUGGUGAAGUCUAUGCUGACUCCUGCUCUGUAACACGCCAGGAUGGGGUAGAAGAGUAACAGCCGCUACCCUCACACAGCUUAGACAUGGGACGUCCGUCCAGUUAGACUACAGAAGUGUCUGAGCAACAAACCCAUUUGAACACUCACACUGAGUAACUAGCACUUCCAGUUCCCACAGAGCUUAAAUCUCCCCGAAAAGCUACUAGCUACAGCAGUAUGUUUCCUGUUUGAUAAGAGACAGGUUUUUUAUUUUUAGCUAUCCUGUUGAUGCAAAGAGAGUUAAGUCAGAAGAAUCCAGAACUUGACAUAGACCUGGUUGUGUGUCCCUGUAAUCAUUUCAGAAAAAGCAGGGGAUCAGGAGGGGAAGGCUAUCUUGACCCUGUCUCAGAAAGAGUGAGCAAGAAGAUGACCCAGGUCUCCUGAGGCUCAUUCCAAAUUAUAACUCACUAUGUUUAGCAAGAUGUGUUCCACUUCUGAGACCCCAGUACUUGGAAAACUGAGGAAGGUAGAUCUUGAGUUUGAGACCUUGUCUAGGCUAAGUAAAACCCUGUCUCAAAACAACAACAAAAACAGGUUUUCAUUCAACUUAUAUGACUGACACUUUCCAUUUUGUAAUAAAAAUUUUCUCUUACUGGGGAAAUGAAAACACGAUUCAAGGUCCAGAAUGUUGUCUUAGAACUCAAAACUCUGGUUGCUCUUUAAAACUGGCUCAAGAGAAUAAACUCAAACUUGGGUGUUCAUCAUUGAAAUUCCUGACCCCACCACGUCCCCAAGUCCUUCUAACAGGUUGAGAGAGAACAACAUAUGGAUGCUUAGUAAGGGAGCUGCAGGGGACAGAUAAUCUGUAUAUCAACUGUAUAGGACUGGCAGGAUUCAGUCAUGGGGAAGUGCUGCAAUAUAGAAAUGUGACCAAUACUUAUGUCUUUUUUUAACUAGAGGAAUAUAUGUGUAUAUAAUUCCUACAUGAAUUAUGGUAGCUGGGAACAGCAUUGUAAUUAAAAGAUUUGCAAAUGCUACAAGACAAAGACCAGGUCAUCCCUUUGUGAACUUGGUCGUAAACAUUUUUAGAAUCUCUAUGAAGUCCAAGAAAAACAAGAUAACUAAAAUGGACAUAAUACUAAAGGGUGGAAAACAAGGGAGCAAUCUGUAUUUUGUUAUUAAGUUUUUAAGUAUCUUCAAAAGAACUUUUCCAGGGCUAGGGAGAAGGCUGAACAGUCAAGAGCACUGACUUUUUUCCAGAGGUUCUGAGUUCAAUUCCCAGCAACUACAUGGUAGCUCACAACCAUCUGUAAUGGGACCCGAUGCCCUCUUCUGGUGUGUCUGAAGACAGCUACAGUGUACUCACAUACAUAAAAUAAGUAAAUCUUAAAAAAAGAAAAAAAAGAAAAGAAAGAAAAAAGAAAAAACUUUUCCACAAUGCAAGUUUAACUCUAGAAUAUUCAACCUCUUGUAGAGCGCAUUCAAGGAACACUGCAGAUUUUUCUUAUACUCACUCAAAAAUAAACAACUCCUUUUUAAAACUGCUUUUUAUAUUGUAUAAUUCGAUGUAUAAAAUGGUUUCAUGAUUACAUUUUUGCUGGCUUAUAAAGUACUUUGUCCACAUGUUUAAAAAAAUGAAAUAAACUGUUUAUUUCCUAGUA